AUGUCUUCUGGCAGCCAUCAUCAUCAUGACAACGGCGCCAAAGCCGAGACAAACCUCUUGUCCAAGAUCUUCCGCCGGGGUUCCAAGCAGCCCGAGCAAGUCACCACAGAUGAUGCCAAUUCGACCAUGUCCGGCGACACGCUUGUUCCCCGAGAACGAGUCAAGUCGAUCUCGCAGGAAAUGAUCGACGAGGGCAGGGAGCUCAUGGAGAAAGCAAACACUAUGAGCGAGGAAGACUUCAAAAAGUACCUGGCCGAGCACAAGGAGGAAAUCGAGGCCUACUACAAAGCACAGGGCGGUGGCAUCUCGAGUGGUGAAUGGAUCGUCCCAGGUGUGCCUAUGGGCUUUCAGAGAGGAAGCGAAGAAGAGGAGUGGAAGAAGGAUCGUAAGGGGUCAAAUACUCACAAAUGA